UUUUUACCAUUCCAUAUUUGUGAUGUCAGAUGUGCAAUCAGCCAAUCACUACCAAUCCAAUUGCUUUUCAUUUUUAGAUUGAAACAAGUAGGGAAGGAGUAAGGGUCGAUUAAUUAGUUUUGCACCGUUGAUUUUACGUUCGCAAACUCAACCACUCUUGCUUUUUAUUUAUCUAUUUAUUUUUGGUCAAGAUAAGUUUAAGAGGAGGAGUGGGUACUCAAACCGCCAAUUUAAUUAGAUUUAUAGAUUUAUUAAAAUUUUCUACAAAUAUUUUGAACUUACAUAUUGUCUACACACAAAAUCUGGAGGGGGCUCGAACUCGGGUGCUUGUGCACCAAGGCCUCACUCUUCCUUCUCUCUUUACCUUAUCUCACUUUUAUUAUUUCAUCCACCAGAAAGAACACAGAAACGGAAACGAUAAAAGAAAAACAAUGGCCUCUUUGGCUCAACAAUUCACAGGCCUAAGAUGUCAACCACCCUCUUCUCGCUUUCCGGAAAAACGAAAGCGAACACAAAAGGUGGGUGCUUUUGCUUCUCCCAUAGUUUCAGCUGUUGCUGUCUCAAAUAAACAGACCAAAGACAGGCGUGAACUCAAGAAGAUGUUCGAGGAAGCCUACGAACGCUGUCGUACUGCUCCUAUGGAAGGCGUUUCAUUCACUCUUGAGGAUUUUCAGACUGCUCUUGAAAAAAAUGACUUUGAUUCUGAGCUUGGAACCACGGCAAAAGGAACAGUUUUCUUUACGGAUGCCUAUGGGGCAAUGGUUGACAUUACUGCAAAAUCUUCAGCAUAUCUACCAGUCCAAGAGGCCAGCAUUUACAAAAUUAAACAUGUGGAAGAAGCAGGUAUAGUUCCUGGUAUAAGGGAGGAAUUUGUUAUUAUUGGUGAAAAUGAGGCUGAUAAUAGCUUAAUCUUGAGCUUAAGGGCCAUCCAAUAUGAGCUUGCCUGGGAACGAUGCAGGCAGCUUCAAGCUGAGGAUAUUGUUGUCAAGGGAAAGGUUGUUGGUGCAAACAAGGGUGGAGUAGUGGCAUUAGUGGAGGGCCUUCGGGGAUUUGUUCCUUUCUCACAGAUAUCAUCAAAAUCCACUGCAGAAGAGCUUUUAGGUAAGGAUCUUCCUUUGAAAUUUGUUGAGGUUGAUGAGGAACAGUCCAGGCUUCUCCUCAGUAACCGCAAGGCCAUGGCUGACAGCCAGGCACAGCUAGGAAUUGGAUCAGUUGUUCUUGGAACUGUUCAGAGCCUGAAACCAUUUGGUGCAUUCAUUGAUAUUGGUGGAAUUAAUGGCCUUCUUCAUGUCAGUCAGAUCAGUCAUGAUCGUGUUUCAGAUAUUGGUACAGUUCUCCAGCCUGGUGACACUCUGAAGGUCAUGAUACUGAGCCAUGACCGAGAAAGAGGCAGAGUAAGUCUUUCUACAAAGAAAUUAGAACCUACCCCUGGUGACAUGAUUCGUAAUCCAACUCUUGUUUUCGAGAAGGCUGAAGAGAUGGCUCAGACAUUCAGGCAGAGAAUUGCUCAAGCAGAAGCUAUGGCUCGUGCGGACAUGCUUAGAUUCCAGCCUGAGAGUGGCUUUACUCUGAGCUCUGAUGGGAUAUUGGGUCCCCUUACAUCAGACUUACCAGCAGAAGGUUUCGACUUGAGUGAUGUUCCCGAAGCUGAAGAUUCUUAAUUCUUUUUUGUAAAAUUGGUCCAAUUGCUUUAGUACAGCCAAAUGAGAAAACAAUGCCUCACCUCACUUUCGCUGCGCAAUUUAGCUUCGAGUCUUUCACCAAUUCGGAUUUAAAAAAAAAAAAAAAAUUUCCUUUGACCACCAGAUCACUGGUCCAUGUAAUUCUAGUAACGAGGGUAAAGCCCGAGCUGCUUGAUAAAAAACAAUAUUCUGUAAUACGAGAGUAGAAAGUGGGGGUAAAAACUAGAGAGCAAGUGGAAGGAAGUAGGCCGUAGAUUGCUGGUUUCGCCGGAGGAUAUCAAUUUCUAAGUGUAAAAAGCAAGGAUCUGGGCCUCCAAUUUCGUCUUUUAAUACCCAAAAUAAAUAAAUAAAAGGUGAUUUAGCAUCCUGACCAA